AUGGAAAACGUUCUCCUGGAUCGAUCAUCUAGCAGAAGCCUUGAGUUCCCGAAGAGGUUCCUUGGUCGCAGCCGGCGGGGGCCAGCUGGCGCGAGGCCGGUGGUGCCGGGCGGCGGCUCCUACAGCUCCUUCCCGACGUGGCAGCCAUACAAUCACCUGCAGAAAGGUGGCGCUUGGACCUCCGCUCCCGCGCUUCCAUACGCGAGGUCUCCGACUCCGAUGAUAUACUCGUCGCCAUCUCUUCCUCUCUUGCCGUCCAACCAACCGCCGCUCCUGCCGCUCCCACCCAUCGCCACCAAGUACGCCACUUUCCCCGGCCUACCAGCAGCUCCACCCCCACCACCGCCGGCGCCACGCGCCGCCGGCAGGGCAGCGGCGGCAACCACCACAGUUUCAGCAGCAGCCCCUGCGCCGCCGCGCCAGAGGGACAGGAGGAGGAGGCCGGCAAGGCCGCCGCCGCCGACGAUGGAGAGGUCCGCACAGCAGAAGAAGAAGCCGCUGGAGCGGGCGACGCCUCUGCCGCCCGCGCCAGUGGUGACGGAGGCACUGGACGACCUCGAGCAGGAGGUGGCCAGGAACUUCGUUCAGGACCUGCUGCACAUGCUGGCGCCGCCGCCAAGCAGCCUGCCGCUGCCCAGCUUCUCCCUCGUCGUGAAAGCGUCCCCUGCCAGGGACACCAGAUUGGUGGCGCCGGCCGCGCCGUUCAGCAACGUGGAGGCCGCCACCGCCGACGGCAUCCGCGGCCUCCUCCGUCUGUAG